AACUUCUCCUUAAAGUGAAAAAAUAAAUUUAUUCAUUUCUUCUUAUAGUUUAAGCAUUAGGUGAUCGAUUUCUCCUUAUAUGUUUUACAUUUCUCGUUGUGAGAGUAGAAAUGGAUUAUAGAUUUCUGUUGGAAAAUUUUGUAUUUCUGCUGGAGAAAAUCCAUUUCUACUAGAACUUCUCUUUAAAGUGAAAAAAUAAAUUUAUUCAUUUCUCCUUAUAAUGUAAGAAUAAAUUGAUCGAUUUCUCCUUGUGAGGGUAGAAAUGGAUUAUGGAUUUCUAUUCAAAGAUUUUGUAUUUCUGCUAGAGAAAAUCCAUUUCUACUAGAAUUUCUCCUUAAAGUGAAAAAAUAAAUUUAUUCAUUUCGCCUUAUAAUGUAAGAAUAAGUUCAUCGAUUUCUCCUUGUGACGGUAGAAAUCGAAUAUGGAUUUCUGUUGAAAAAUUUUGUAUUUGUAUGGAAAGCGUUUCUGCUUGACUUUGUGUGGGGUAAAGGAUUUCUGCUGUAAGUGGAACAAUUUCUCGAUUUUGGGGGAUAUCGUCCAGCCCUCAUCGAAUUUUGGCUCACAUCUGUACUCCCCUACAGAGAGUGGGUGUGGGUGUGGGUGUAUAGAAAACUGAUACGCACAUUCACACCAACACCCCUGUAUUUUCAUAAUCUAUUAGGGGAAUUUGAACAUAAUUAAUUUGGAAACAUCGGUCACUAAUCAUGACAAAUGUUGGCCUCGUAAAGUUUUCAAGUAUGUUACAAACUUCUUCUGUUUAUUAUGAUAAUCUUUAAUAUUUUUAUUUAAUUAUCGUACUCAUCCUGCUAAUAUAGCUUGUUUAACUGCAGCAAAUAUUCAUCGUGUUUAUCUUGCCAAUAAUCAUACAUUAGAUUUUGGAGUAGAAGGACUUGAAGAAACAUGCGAAACCUUAGAUAAAUCUGGUAUAUCAUAUGUUGGUGCGGGAAGAACACGUCAGCAGGCUCUUGGUCUAGUUUUUCUUGAUGUUCCAAUCAGUGACUCAGCAACUGUUGAAAAGAUUCGUUCAUUUCAUCUUCUUGCUCGUUAUGAUCUUCCAUUUCUCUAUGCUCAACUAGCAUCUCUCAUUGCUGCUGCUUGUUCUAAUUCUGAUUUAGUUAUUUUUUCAGUUCAUUGGGGUCCAAAUUAUCAAUAG